UUUCAUGGCUGACACAAACACAUGUUGGCUGUAGCCUCUUUCUCUCUCUUCCUCCCUCCCUCAGUAUUAACGGCCAAACAUGAAAAAAAACGAUGUGGUUCAAUACCAUUUACUCCCAAGUCCAACUCAUCACCCUCUCUCCCGCAUAAGAAGUAUCGACGCCUCCCUAUUUCUCUCUCUCUCCUUCCCUCCCUUGAGAAAAACCAAAUGCCCGCUUGACGAUCUUCUCAAUGCUCUCUGUCUCUCUCGUUUCUUAACAUUAUAUCUCAGACCCACUACUUCCUUCUUGAAGGAGGACACUUCAAGAGGUCCUUCGUCUUCAUACCUCAAUCAGAUCUUCCAUUUCCCGCCGAUCUUGCUCCAUUUCCAGCUGCAACCUCCUGCGAACUUACAGAGAAGGGUUUGAAGAAUGGCUUCGUUGUCUCAUUCUCUGGUGACGGCUAAGGGGAGUCUGGGUUCUGGAGCUUCUGUUUCGGAUCUUCUCCGUAGCUCAAGUAAUGGUGUCAUGGGGGUGCCUUUGAAAUCUCUAGGGAGGGCCCGGUUUAGAAUACAGGGAAGUGAAAUGAGUGUAUCGGCGAAGUUGAGGAAAGUGAAGAAGCAUGAAUAUCCAUGGCCGGAAGAUGCAGAUCCCAAUGUGAAGGGUGGAGUACUCAGUCAUUUGUCUCCUUUCAAACCUUUGAAAGGGAGGCCGAAGCCAGUUACUCUGGACUUUGAGAAACCCCUGAUGGAAUUGCAAAAGAAGAUCGUUGAUGUACAAAAGAUGGCUAAUGAAACUGGUCUUGAUUUCAGUGAUCAAAUCAUCUUACUUGAGACUAAGUACCAGCAGGCUCUAAAGGAUUUGUACACUCACCUGACUCCUAUACAGCGAGUUAACAUUGCUCGGCACCCAAACAGGCCAACUUUUCUUGAUCAUGUUUUCAAUAUCACCGAAAGGUUUGUUGAGCUUCAUGGAGAUCGAUGUGGUUAUGAUGAUCCAGCCAUUGUUACUGGUAUUGGAACCAUAGAUGGCAGAAACUACAUGUUCAUGGGUCAUCAAAAAGGUAGAAAUACGAAAGAGAACAUUCAACGCAAUUUUGGAAUGCCUACUCCUCAUGGCUACCGCAAGGCUAUGCGCAUGAUGUACUAUGCUGACCAUCAUGGAUUCCCAAUUGUCACUUUCAUUGACACUCCAGGGGCAUUUGCUGACCUUAAAUCAGAAGAACUAGGCCAAGGUGAAGCCAUAGCCCACAACUUGAGGACUAUGUUUGGUUUGAAGGUACCAAUUAUUGCCAUUGUAAUUGGAGAAGGUGGUUCUGGUGGGGCUCUAGCAAUUGGAUGUGCCAACAAAUUGCUAAUGCUUGAAAAUGCUGUCUUUUAUGUUGCCAGUCCAGAAGCUUGUGCAGCAAUUUUGUGGAAGAGUGCCAAAGCUUCACCAAAGGCUGCUGAGAAGCUAAAAAUAACUGCUGGAGAGUUGUGCAAGCUCCAAAUUGCAGAUGGGAUCAUUCCUGAACCACUUGGUGGCGCGCAUGCUGAUUCAUACUGGACAUCACAACAAAUAAAGACUGCAAUUCUCGAUACCAUGGAUGAGCUCGACAAGAUGGAUACAGAAAACCUUUUGAAGCAUCGGCAUCUAAAGUUCCGCAAAAUUGGUGGGUUCCAAGAAGGAAUUCCCAUUGACCCAAUGAGGAAAGUGAACAUGAAAAAGAAAGAAGACCCAAUUGUUAAGCCAGGAAACAGUCCAGAAGAGUUAGAAGGUGAAGUUGAAAAGCUUAAGCAGCAAAUUCUGAAAGCCAAGGAAUCGUCUAGUGACCCUCCAGGAGAGGGGCUAACUGAAAUGGUAAAGAAGUUGAGAAGAGAAGUUGAUUACGAAUUCUCCGAGGCAAUGAAAUCCCUGGGCUUAAACAACAAGCUGGCAGCACUUCAAGAGGAAUUCGAUAAAUCGCGAAAUUCGCAAGAUCAAUCUGUGACUCUUGCUCUGAAGGACAAGAUCGAGAAUCUGAAUCGCGAAUUCAAGCAAAAUCUCCAUACAGCUCCAAAUUAUCAAAGCUUGAAGUAUAAGGCUGACAUGUUGUCUGAAAUUUCAGAAGCCAAAGAUCUUUCUGAGAAAAACAGUAAAGCCAGUGUACUGAAACAAGAAAUUAACAAUAAAUUCAAAGAAGUAUUGGAUAGGCCAGAUUUGAAGAAGAAAAUCGAGGCUCUGAAAAGGGAAGUUGAGGAAACUGGUUUACAGUCAGCAGAAGAGUUAAGUGAAGAGCUAAAGGAGAAAAUAUUGCAGCAAAAAGCAGAGAUAGAACUAGAAUUUGCAGAGAUUCUUAGAGGCUUGGAUUUACAUGUAGAACCGCCCUCAUUCUCUGCCAUCAAGAACAAGGUAGAGAAGCUCAAUGAAGAAACUAUGGCAGUGAUUGAGGAUAUGAUUGAUUCAUCUGAUUUAAGGAACCAGAUUGAGCUGUUGAAACUGGAGAGAGCAAAACUGGGACAGAAUCAGAAUCCAGAAACUAAAAGUAGUAAAAUCGAGGCCAUGGAGCAUAAAAUAAAGCAGACGCUUGUGGAUGCUAUGAAUUCCUCGGUUUUAAAAGAGAAGUAUGAGAGGCUGACAUCUGAAUUUUCUGGACGUCUUGUUGAAGACAGUAAUUCUGGUGCUGAUGACGAUGGAGCAAAAGUAGGAAUCAAUUCAAAAGUAAACCGUACCUUUGCCUGAUGAGCCUGUAAAAUGAAGGGGGAGACAGUUUUGAUGGGUGGUUAUGGAGAUGGCAUGAUCUUACUCACAGACUUUAUCUAGCUGAAACUGAAACUCUGAUAAUAAUUCCUUGUCUUGCAUUUGUUGCAAUCUAGGAUGGGACCUUUUUAUUGGCAGUCAUUAUUUGUUGAAUAUGCAUAAAACUUUAAGAAAACAAAUAAUUUGUCUGUUAAAGAACUUUUGAAGAAGAAAUAAGGUAGUUUAUUAGUUAGUAGCUUUGGCAGUGUUAACUUGGCCAUAGGUUUCUGGCUCAGAACUAUUACUAUGUUAAAUUGUGUUUGUUUUUUGCAGAUACUAGUCAAAUUUCAUAAAUUGAUCAGUUGAUUAUAAUA